AUGGCUUCCACAAGCGCUCAAAUGGCAUCUGAUUCUUCUCCAUUCGACCUUGGAUGGACUUAUGACGUGUUCUUGAGUUUUAGAGGGGAAGACACCCGUUACAAUUUCACCGAUCACUUAUAUAAUGCUUUGGUUGGAAAAGGCAUUAUAACUUUCAGAGAUGACCAACUUAUGAGAGGAGAAAAAAUUGUGCCAGAGCUUCUAAAUGCUAUUGAAAAAUCAAGAUCUUCCAUUGUUGUUUUCUCAAAAACUUAUGCUCAUUCAAGGUCGUGCCUAGACGAGCUUGCAAAGAUCAUGGAGUGCAGCCGGAAAUAUGGGCAAAUAGUAUUGCCAAUUUUCUACCAUGUGGAUCCAUCGGAUGUACGUAAACAAACAGGGAGGUUUGGAGAUGCAUUCACCAGGUAUGAAGAAAAUUGGAAGAACAAGGUACAAAGUUGGAGGGAGGCCUUGACUGAAGCAGGCAAUCUUUCUGGAUGGCAUGUAAAAGUGGGGUAA